CUGAUUUGAAAAGGAUUCAGUCUUAUGACGUGAGAAGAAGAAAUUAGAGAAAAUUUUGGCCGUUGUUAAAAAGAAUUUAGGAGAUAAGCCAGAGAACUUAGUCGCAGAAGCUGUAAAGGAUAAAUCUUUUAUUACUGAAAUGGAGAUAGGUAAAGCCUGCUUGAUUACUGAAAAUGAAGCAGCAAUCGCGGACACCGGGGAUUCUGUGAUCAACUUAGCAAAGGAAAAGAUUGGAAAUAAGGAAAUGUCUUUUGAUGGCCACAUCCGAUACUGCAAUGGCACAUACUCUUUUCCUUUACAUUGUGCAGGAAAAAGACUAUCUCUUUCAAAGACUGGGAGCUAUUGUGCUCGAUGUCACUGCGCAAUAAUUGGUUGGAGUACAAAACACUUGCAAAGUGUUGUUUUAAAACAUCUGGGAUAUUUGGUACCUGCUUCUGUGCUGAAGAUGGAGAAGCAAAGAGAUGAAAAAAGAGAAAGAAACAAGCAAUACAAGAAGAUUAAAAAAAGAAACAAGAAAAUAACCAGCAAAUUCAAUGACAAAAAUUACGGUCCACUUGCAGAGGAAGUAGACAUGGAAGAGGAAAUGUUUGACACUCAAAAAGAAAUUUUUCUCCAAACUUUAAAAGUUUAUCAGAAAAAUAGAAUUUCCAUUGCUGAACGCACUUUUGAUCAAAGAUCAAAUGAAGAGUGGAAUGAUUACCAUGGAAAAAUGUUGACGUCUUCAAAUUUUGGAGAAAUCUGUAAAAGACGAAAAUCAACGUUGUGUGCUUCUUUGGUGACGAAACUGUUGUACCCGUCUUCAAGGGAUCCUUCAGAUGCUGAGUUUUAUGGUAUAGAAAACGAAGAAAACGCGAGAAAGGAAUUGGACAAAAAAAUAGGUCUUCCUGUUGAACAAACUGGAAUAUGGAUAGAUCCUGAGUUAGAGUACUUGGCGGCAUCACCAGAUGGACUAAUUAAUGCCGAUCCAAAAGAUUUGAAAGCCUUUGGACCUAAGGCUCAGACAAAGAAGCCCUGUUUUACGUACAGCGUUUCAGAAAGUGGAGUUGUAGAAAUAAUAUGUCCUCAAAGAGGAGAAGAUCUUACACCUGCUGUACUCUUAAAAACUUACCCAGAUCUAAAGGGUAUCUUUGACAAGAAGAAACCAAACUUACAUCUAAACUCAAAACAUUCAUACUACUACCAAAUUCAAGGACAAAUGCAUGCAACCAGAAGAGCUUGGGGUCUUUUUGUGUUGUGGACUCCAUUUGGAAUGAAAGUCAUUUUUGUAUGGAGAAAUGAUGAUUUCUGGAAAAAAUGAUUGAGCCACAUUUGACACGAUUUUAUUUUGAUUGCAUGAUUCCGGAAAUCAUUGAUAGCCGUACCUCUAGAAAGCUGAAAAUCCGCGAACCAAAGUACAUUCUUGAUAACAGGGCCUCAAAUGCAGAGCCUACAGCUAAUGUACAUGAAGUGGAAGUAAAUCAAAGCAAAAGAAAGAUCAAUGACGUGGAAAUUGCAAAUGCAGAGCCUACAGCUAAUGUACAUGAAGUGGAAGUAAAUCAAAGCAAAAGAAAGAUCAAUGACGUGGAAAUUGAAGAAAUUUUCUUGACAGAAAAGAAAAAAGAAAAAAGCAUGGAAAGUGAAGUGCCAACAAAAAGAAAGAAAAGAGUGAAACAGAUAAUGUUAGCUUGGGCUCCAGAAAAGUUGGAACAGUGCUUAAAAAUUGUUGAGAGCGAAAGGGAAUGGUUAGACGAUGAAGCUUUAGAUACAUUCUUACAAGUUGUGCGAGAACAUUCCAACUUCCAAACACUAAGCGUUCAUAGCAUUAUGAAGCAUGUAGAUGUGCCUGAAUGUAUUAAUGAUCAGGACAUUCAAAUUUUUGGAGGGAAUUGUAUAAAACACUGGCGAUUUUACUACUAUAGGAAUGGCACAUCGGAAGAUAGAAAUCUUACAAUUUUUGACAGCUCUUACACAGAGUUAAAGUACAAAGAUCUUGCUGAAGAAGAACACAUAUUCAUAAAAAAGAGAUAUCCGAAAUUGUCAUCUGAAAAAGUACGCUCCAUUUGUCUUCAAACACAGAAUGAUGGUUUCAGUUGUGGCCUGCAUUCUGCAGCACGCUGUGCAAGCGUGGCGCUGGGUAGAGACCCGUUCACAGAUAAGUAUUUGAUUAACCCCAAGAUUAUGAGAGCGCACCUAGCAAAAAUUAUAAAAACAAUGAAAUUAACACAAUUUCCUACAGUUUAGAUAUAACUUUUAAAAGUGGAAAAAACUGGUAAACGGAAUCAAACAGAAUUAACAGUUUUAAAAAAGAUUCCUAAUGUAUUUAGUUACUUUUUAGUAUGACUGGAAAAGUAAAUGUAAUAAUGGUUUCUUUUGCAUGAUUAAUGUAGUAUAUUUUUGUGAAUAUGUUAUUAUUCUGAAGAAUAUCUAUUAAUAUUUUUUAUGCACUAUGUUUCUUUAUUUAAUAACGACGAAAAGAACUUCUCUCCUUUUAAAUAAGGUGCAAAAAAAGUAAAAAUUUUA